AUGAGUGGCACUUCAAAGCAACAACCAGGUGAUGGUGGCAAAAGUCCACAGUGUAGCCGGUCAGUAUUACCGGAGGAAGAAGCUGAUCAAAUAGUUAACUCUGGUGGAGGAGAAGUUGCUCUAAAGAAAGGUAUCGAAGUUGAUCAAACAGUUAACUCGGGUGGAGGAGAAGUUGCUCUAAAGAAAGGUAUCGAAGCUGAUCAAAUAGUUAAUGCGGGUGGAGGAGAAGUUGCUCUUAAGAAAGGUAUCGAAGCUGAUCAAAUAGUUAAUGCGGGUGGAGGAGAAGUUGCUCUUAAGAAAGGUAUCGAAGCUGAUAGCACUUCGACGCGAAAACGUAAAGUGUCAUCAUUAUCAAGUGGCAGUGAUGUUGGUAAAAGGUCAAAGCUUAGCCGGUCAAUAUUACCGGAGGAAGAAGCUGAUCAAAGAGUAGAAGUUGCUCUAAAGAAAGGUCCGUGGACAAAUGAAGAGGAUGAAAUUUUGAAAGAUCAUAUUAAAAAGCAUGGAGAGGGAAACUGGAAAGCAGUCCAAAAGAAAUCAGGACUUGCUCGUUGUGGGAAAAGUUGUCGUCUCCGAUGGUCAAAUCACUUGAGGCCAGGAGUGAAAAAAGGUCCGUUUACUGCCGAAGAAGAACGCCUAAUCAUUGAGUGUCACUUUCUGAAGGGAACCAAGUGGGCUCAUAUGGCUAAAAUGCUGCCUGGACGUACAGAUAACGAGAUAAAGAACUUUUGGUACACAAGAUCUAAGAAACGGAAUCGAGAUGGCUUACCAAUCUAUCCUGACGAGAUAAUAUCCAAAUAUUCGUUAAAUGACAGUCAAGAAAGUGCUGACACAUUGCCAAAUGAAUCCAACCAGCAUGAUGAAACAGAAACCUUCAACUUUGAUAUAUCUGACUUGGACCUUAAAUAUUACAAAUUCCGCCCAGAUAUGAUGCCACCACUUUUUGAUUCUCAAGAUUACAAACCAAUUAGCGACUUGGUUAGACAGUGCUCAGAUUCGUCUCAUAAUACCUUAUACAUGCCUAGUGCAGUAGUUCAGCAAAGAUUUUUUUCCAGUAGCAGGAGUGCUGCUGUCCCGGAAGUAUUUGAUCAGUAUGGACAAUACCCUAUGUUGUCUACUCCAUGUGAUCCGAUUCUUAACACCAACCUUCUUCAUGGAUAUGAUAACCCUAUAACUGGUUUUAAUGUCGCGUCAAAUAUCUCUUCUUCUGACCCCAUAUAUGGAUCCAUGAAUUUUGAGCCCCCUUCAUUCCAAAAUUCACAGACUCAACAGCCUACCUGGAGCGACAUGGAUGUGUCGCCACUUCCAUCAUUUGAGUAUGUUGACACGCCAGUUCAGGCUCCUCCAAUUGAGUCUUGUCCGCCAAUUCCAAAUUCUCUAGAUUGGGAUCGUAUAAUUGAUGCAAUAGAACUUCCCUCAGUUGAGUAUGUUGACACGCCAGUUCAGGCUCCUCCAAUUGAGUCUUGUCCGCCAGUUCCAGAUUCUCUAGAUUGGGAUCGUAUAAUUGAUGCAAUAGGACUUCCCUCAGUUGAGUAUGUUGACACGCUAGUUCAGGCUCCUCCAAUUGAGUCUUGUCCGCCAGUUUCAGAUUCUUCGGAUUGGGAUCGUUUAAUUGAUGCAAUAGAACUUCCCUCAGUUAAGUAUGUUGACACGCUAGUUCAGGCUCCUCCAAUUGGGUCUUGUCUGCCAGUUCCAGAUUCUACGGAUUUGGAUCGUAUAAUUGAUGCAAUAGAACUUCCCUCAGUUGAGUAUGUUGACACGCCAGUUCAGCCUCCUCCAAUUGAGUCUUGUCCGCCAGUUGCAGAUUCUCCGGAUUGCUGUCAUUUAAUUGAUCCAAUAAAUUAUGAUCACGAUGCUAUAGUUGCUGCCCAAUUAAACUUCUUAAGACAGGUCCGCUCAGAAAUUAAAAACACUCGGCGUUAUUAUAUUAACCGUGGUGCAUUCAAUGAUCAGCUUCCAGCUUAUUAUACUUCCAACAAAAAGAUAAUUUGA